CAUCUCAAUCAAUUAGAAAACCUAUAAGUUAGUUUGUUUCAGUAACUGAAUUCAAAAAUUAAAGUCACACAUUAUGCAGAUUAAUUACACAUGGAGUGAUAUAUUUUAGCAAUUUAUUUGAGUUCAUUUUGAUGAUGAUGGCUGACACCAAAUAAACACCUAUAAUUCAGUUUAAAAAAAAAUUGAUUACAUAAGAAAAAAAUUAAAAAAAGGAUUUUACUUCAGAAAUGUUAACCUGAUGAGAAGUAUUCCCAUGUUUACAGUAUAUGCACUCAAAACCUGGUUGGAGCUUCUUUUGCAUGAAGGCAGUUCAUGCUUUUUCUCCGAUGUCCUGGUGAGAUGCUUCUUACAUGAUGUGGCAGCUGUAACUCAAGUCCACAACUUGUGAAUUUCCCACAAACUCUGGAACGAGCUUUUCCUCACAACCCUCUGAAGCAGAGCCGGUCCAUUGUUGUACGAGGCCCUAAUCACAAUUUCACUCGGGGCUUCAAUUCCAACUCACAUGAUUUAUUAAAUAAAAAGUAGUAAAUAAAUUAUGGAGACUAUGUUAUUUAUCUCACUUACUUGUUUGGACUGGCAGUCAUGUCUGGUGUCAGCAUGGAGAGCACAUUCAUGAGUCAGGAAGGAGGUACCAACUUUCAUUGAUUCAUUUAAGAUCCUACAGUUAAAUUGUCCAUUAAAUGUGACUCCAGCAUGGACACAAGUGAAUAAACUUGUCAAAUUGAAAUAUGACUGUUUACCACACGUUUUCCUUCCACUCAACCUUCCAUUAAUGUGAUUCAUCCGACACUCAGUGAACAGUCAGCUGCUUUAGCCAUGACCUUUUCGUGAUUUAUGACUGUCUGUUGGACAAAUGUCAACCAGCAGUUUUCCCCAUGAUUGUUUAGGCCAUACUAUAACAUGUCUGUGUCGAAAAUCCUUUUUUAUUGCUCCUAUUAAAUAUUUGAGUUUCUGAAUUUUAGGUUUUUAUUAUCCUUUAUAGUUAGGAUGACCUGAAAUAAAAUAUGUCACUUUGUGUGUAAUGAAUCUAACAUAUGAAUAGAUUUACUGAAAUAAACCAACUUUUCGAUUUAUUUUCUAAUUGAUCGAAAUGCACCUGUACUGCGUCCAAUUCGGUUCGCAUUGUAGGUGAGAAGGGCCCAUCAUCCAGCACUGGCAAACACAAGUAGCCUAUUCAUUAUUCAUGUCAUUGCAGUUGCCCUGUUAUGAUACAGUCCUGUUUGGAGUGGGCUACCUGAUUUGUUCAGCGCGUCCGUCAAAGCAGUGCGUGGCCCUGCGUCGGCUGGUUGUGCGCGCUCAUAGGUCGGGCAGAGAAGAAUCACAGGCGGAGGGGGGAGUCAGCACAGUGCGCGCCUACGAGACUGCGCGUCGCAAAGGAGGGGGAGAGGUCCAGCUGCAAAAAAGAAAAAAGAAAAAAAAAAAAAAGAGGAAAAGGAAGAAAAAUACGGCGUGACAAUGGCAACAUCAAGCUUCUCGUAAAAAGAUUAGACGCGAGGGGAGGGGGCGCCGCGAAGCAAGAGUUUCAGAUCCGACGGUCGCUUUGCUUGUCCCGAGAAAAGAGGCGACAUCGGGACAUGCUGGCGGUUCUGUAGCGCGUUUCCUGGAAUACGAAUCCUUCCUUGGCUGAGCAUAAUGGAGCGGCGGCGGAGAGGAGAGCCGCUCUGUCUCCAUCACUGAGAGGCGCGUCCACCUGCUAUUAUUGGAGGCCCGGGCUGCUGCUGCUGCUGCUGCUGCUGGAGGUGGCGGAGGGGGGAUAUGCAGGGGAAGUGUUUGCGUUUCGGGGAAAGACGCAUCUGCUGAUACUGUCCAGAGCAACUGAGAAGGAUCCCAUUGCCAAGGAGGGAGAAAAACGAAGGCAAGGGGGGAAAAAAGCGCACACACGCUCCGGAGGUGGGGCCGUCAGAAUGAUGCGUAGGUGGACCAGCAGUGAGCCAUAUUGAUGGAUGUGUUAGCAGACAGCAGUCUCACAUUGAUUGUGAAGACUUCAGAACCGGAAAAUGCAAAUGUUGUCGAAAAUACAGGGGUAUGUGAGCAGAGUGGUGACCUGAGUCUGUGCAGACUCGUCGAUGCUGCGCUUCCUCCUGCCUCUUCGCGUCCGCCUGCUGCAGAGACGCCACAGCAGGUCUUCUCAACCCACCAGAGGACCACUCCUGCAUCGCCGCCUCUCCCUCUGGCCCUCGGUGGUGACCUAUCUCUGACUCAAGCAGUGGCACCUUGUCCUUUAUCCAGUGAUGCUCAAACUGUAGGUCCCCAUCUUCAACGUGCUCCCACAUCACUUUCCCACCCAACUGCAGGAUCCUGGGCCCUAACAAGAGAACCACAGAAAACAUCCCCUCCACUCACCAUCACCCUUCCACUGUCUAAUACAAUGAUGGAGCCCAGCACUGUGUCUGCACUGACAGAGGAGUGUCUUCUCCAGCCUUCCCGAACCUGCCUCGGCUGCCUAAUUGAAACCCGUGACGCUACGGAUCGCAGUUCUGUGCAGGACCCCCCAACUAACCCCAACACCAAUCCUGACGUGGAUCCCGGGCUCAGCGUACGGAUAGGGGAUGUGAGCCGAGAGGACUUCUCUGACAUUAACAACAUCAGCAUUCAGUGCCUGAGCCACGCAGGAGAGCCAGCGAGCCACUUUGGGGAACAGCUCCUCUCCGACCAGCUACUUAGCUUCCCUCUUCCCAAAGCCCCGAGCGAGGCCAAGAGAGCAGACGAAAAUAAAACCACUGUGGACUGUGAUGACCCAGAAGAUGAUGCCACAGCUAAAAACUUGUAUGAGGGACUGCUGCUGGAUAAAGUUAGUGGAGAAGAGGUCCUACUGGCUAAUGCUGGUCAGGACUGGGGCUACUUUGAGUCCUUCAUCAGCGAAAGUAAGAUGGAACUGCUGGAUCUUUGCUCCAAGAAUGAACUAUCUGUCAACCUCUUCUCCGAGGAGGAUGUCGACAAUCUAUUCGACGAUGAAGACGAUGAUUCAACGCUGAGCAGUGAUGUUUGCUCGCUUAAGAUUCGCUACGAGUCUUUCCAGGACAACAUGAGGGAAAAAACAAAUGUUCUCCAGGAGGAGACACAGUUUAACUUCUUUCCCAGUGUGCUGGCCAACUGUGCCAGGAAAGACGAAGGAGUGCCAGUAUUAAAGAGGAACACUGAGGAGAUCCAGUCCAAAACUGAUGAGCUCAUACUGGAGGAGGCACAGGAAGGGAGAGGUGGGGACAGCAGUGGUAGGAGCCCGAUUGACGGCUCUCAAUGCUCCCCUAUGUCCACCUCCAAAGUCAGCUACCUAAUAGACUUUAAUUCCACUGAGGAGUCUGGAGAGUUCAGCGAUGACAGCUCCUGUACCGGCUCCUCCUCAGACACCCUACAAGAAGGCAAGUUUAAAAAGAGUCACUCAAAGAGAUUUUUCAGCCCAUCAAACCCUCUCAACUAUGGCCUGCGCUCCAAGAGAAAGGUGCGAUACAGUGAAGAUUACUUGUACGAUGUCGACUCUCUUGAGAGUGAAAAAAAUGCGGAGAAAAAGGAGAAAGGUCCCACAGGUCAGAAAGAAGAGGAGGAUGUGGACUGGUGCCCGAAAAAACGCCGAAAAUCCUGUCGAAAAGAGCCGCCUGUGGUCAUCAAGUACAUCAUCAUCAACAGGUUCAAAGGAGAGAGACUCAUGUCAGUGAAACUGGGCAAGCUGGACGCUUUGGAUGGAACAGUAAGUCUAAAUGCUGACACGGUAAGCAAAUACGAAACACUGGCUCCCCUGAAAGAUUUCUGGCAGGAGAAGCAAAGACAGAGACAGGAACAGCUUAAGCUGGUUGCCAGAGAUAAACCGCAACGGGGUUUUCAUCUAAACGGACGCCACCAUCGGCCUUUCAGUUCCAGUCACCCCAAAAGGAAAUACAAGAUUGCCAAUAGGCUUAAGAUUCACAGAAUUCAAACUGUGGAGCAAUCAGCACCAACACAGGGUUCCCCUCUCUCUGAUCAGAGCCAUGCAGGUAUCACUAAAGAGGACCCCACCCCCACGGCAAGAGGAAUAAUAGCAGCCACAGGCCUCCCUGUCACAUUAGACUCAAACUCCAUAACGCACAUGAUCACAACCAAAAGCCGCUCUCAAGAGAGGGAGGAGAGGGAAGCGAGAAGACUGGGAGGAAAAGUCAGGAUAAGGAAAUUCAAAAGUGAAGCCAGGCUAAGGAGCACGAAAAUGAAAAAGGCAGAGGGAGAGGAGGGGAGGAGUGUGACAAAUGAAACGGAUGCCUGUGUCAGUGCAGCACAGAUUGAGGAGCCUGCUGCUGGGUUAGAACUGGCAGCCGUUAGUUCAACUACAAUCAAACUCCAUUUCUCUGACAAUGGCACCAACGCUCAUGCAUCCGAUGAGAAAUUUCCCUUUGUCUCCUCCAUCUGCUCUCCUGACAAAGCACCUUCCUCAGAGGAGGUGGAGACAAAUGUCCCUGUCAUCCCUGGGGGCUACCUGCAGACCCUGUUAGAUGCUACAGAUUCUUCUGGUGGGGGAGCUAUCUCUUAUUUCCCCCAGCAAACAUCCAGGCAGCAAUAUCCUCUGGGGCUGUCCCUGGAGGAGAAACAGUUGUCCUCUCUGCAGCUUGCCCAGAGCUGCGUGCUCUCUCCCCCCUCUGAGUCGGAGCUCCAGCAGUCUCCUCAGAACUGCCCCAGCUUCCCCCAGAUGUGGCACCCGCAGCUCUGUACAAAUCACAGUCAGAGCUUUGGACCUGAGACCCCUGAGACUCCCAUCUUACCCAACAACUUCCCAGCUGCUAAUGUGCCCCUGAAUGACAGCUUGCCAGUGUCUAACUACAACCAGCUGAGCCCUGAGGCUGACAGGCUGCUUUAUGAGAAGAGCUACCUGACUGAGGCGGGGCUUCAGCCUGGGGCAGAUCUGCAAGCAUGUCAGUCUGCCUGCGUGGAGGGGCAGAUGCAAUACCAAAGAGGGUCCCUGUGCACAGACAAUGGUAGGCUCAUCAGCUAUGACUCAGUGGGCUCCCUGUCAGCCUCCUCCAGCAAUUACAGCUCUCUCAGCCUCAAGUCUUGUGAACGAGAGGGUGAGGAGGAGGGCCGAGACAGCUUCCUAACUCAUUGCAGCCCUAAAGUGGUGAUUCAGCAAAGUGUGGAUGCCCUUACCCCACUCAGGGAGUCCUCAGACCUGCUGGAUAUCUCCAACUUCACUCCUGACAAGUUCAGACACUCAUCACUGUCAGAGCUUUCCCCUCCCGAGACCCCUAACCUGUCCCCCCAGGUGGUAGGGCGUGAAAUGAAAAUGGUAGGGAAUGUUGGAGAAUACCAGGAUGUUAACGAUAUGACUAUAGACUGCAAUAGGGAGGUAAAGUGGAACUGUGAAGCUAUACAGCAACAGGAGCACACAACAAAUCCAUACACAGUGGAGGAUGGCCAGUUUCCCCUGCACAACUUCAACAGUCAGGAUGUCAGUGGCUUGGAUAAAAAAGAGCUGGGAGAGUUUGUGGAACAGACUGGUGCAAAAAAUAUAAAGUCUAAGAGGAAAGGCAGCUGCAAGCAGACAGCCACAGGACAAAGCCCAAAGAAAGGCCGGGCUCCCAGAGCUCCCAAGUCAGAAAAGGUCAAGACUCCCAAACAGAACUCUCGGUCGACCAAAAAGAUAAAGGCCAUGUUAGAGGGAAAAGCAGCAAAGAAUCAGGCAGUUGGCGCAGGCCUAAGCGACAGUAACAGCACCGGGGACUGGCCUGGCACUGGCUGGUCCGAGAGUAACAGCCUGGUAGGGGAUGACCAGAGAGAAUUUGAGGAACCCUCCAAUAUUUUGUCCAACAUUGUCUCUGGCAUGGCCGAGGUCCAACGGUUCAUGAUGGCCUCCAUUGAGCCUUUGUGGAAUCCCAUGUCUGAGGCAUGCAUGCCCUCUGAGGCCAACAGCCUCAACCUAAAGACCCUCAAAAUUUUGGCAGGAACAGAAGCUGACCUGAAGAAGAAGGGAGCCGUACUAACAGGGGCCGGUAGAGGCAGGAAGGCGGGUGGAAAAGGAGGAAAGAACCAGGCUAAAUUCAACCCGGCCCACCCACUAUUCCCUCAGCUCGCGCUGGGCUGCAACAUGUUCGACAAACCCAGCUUUAUUAACCCCGGGCCAGCACACAAAAAGCUCUACCGCCACAAGACCAGUGCAAAGUUCCCUCGGAUUGAGACACUGAAAGGGAAGCGAGCUGAGAGAGACCCAAAUAAGGAUAUAGCACUGAUGACUUCUUUUGAAAAACUGAGAAUAUGGAUGUCCUGUUGUUGCUGUCCUUCAUACACUGCCUGGCUCAUUUCAAGAGGGGAACCUACCGUUUAUGAGCCCUAUUUAAGAGCAAGACAUCUUAAACACAAAAGAUGGGACCAUUUUGUAUUGAUGACAUAUCAGACUUUGUCUUUUUUUCUUUCCUUCCUCAAAGUUGGAAUGACUUCCCAUUUCCUUUUAUUGAGUGUUUCGUUUACUUCUGCAGUUGAGAAGAACUGGUUAUCUAAAUUUACAUUUUUACGCCUUGCAAAUUCAUAAAAGCUCCACCCUCAGAGUAUUUUUGUCAAUGUUGUUGUACAGGGACAUGCAAUAUUUGCAAAAAAAGAUGAUUAUAAUCUCAAAAUCGAUGUGCCAAAAGUAACAAUGCUGUGUAAAUGACCUCUUAUAUAUGUGUGAAUAUUGGCUGUUCCUCUUUUCUAUCCAUUGGAAUAUUGGCUGCUUGGGUUGGAGACUCCUUACAGAGAGUUGCAACUACUGGAAUUCUUUAUUUGAGACGUUUUCUCUCUUCUCUGAUGAAAGGCACCAACAGCUGGCUGUGGUACACCGCCACUCACAAAACCAAAUCUGAAUGACUCUGAAUUCUACUCCCCUCCCGCCCACCCCCACACCCCCGAACUUUGUUUGCCAAAUUCAAUUUACCUCAACAUCGCCUGGCAUGGAGAAGCAACAAAAGAGAGGCAAAGGGCAGAUCCCCUCUCUGAUGGCCACAGUAGAGGAAGGACUGGGUAAAAAGAGAGGUUCAGGUGACCUCUGUCUGGACCACGAGGCUUGUAGUUGAAAUGUCUGUGGGUAAGCAGGUAAAUGACUUGUCAUUUGGGGCUGCAUCUUGCUGAAUAGCUGUUUGUACUGCAAAUUUAAGUCAGAUUAUCACUCGUAGAGGUUCUGAUGCAUGCAUCAGAUGUGAAUGGACAUUUUUGCAGUUCGGGUUAUUGUGAAUGUGAGAGCAGUUUUCAGUACAAAUGGAAUCAGUAAUCUUGUAAAUGAUGGAAAGCAUGUCUUUGCAUUCUCUCCUCAUAGAAGCUUUUAUUUCUGUCUUACUAGAGAAGGUAAUUUAAACAUAAACGUUUCUUAACAUUCCCAUGCAGUUUAUUUAUUAACUAUGCCUUACUUUAUAAGUUGCACUUCUGGUGCUGCAUAUCAUUAAGUUUAUUUCAUCAUGUCAACAAUUUUACUUCUUUUUUUCUUCGCCAUGUGUUUGUUUUUCAAAAAGCUUACCUGUAAUUUCAGUCUAUGAAAAAAUAUUAUGACCAGUAGACAUGGGCCGGGAUGAGAUUCUCACAGAAUGAUAAUAUUGAGUAAAAAUACAGUUUUACUGUAUCCUGGAGUUUACAAAAAAACUUAAAAGAAAAAUAUAUAACAUGAUUUAAUUUGAGCUAUUUUAAAAAACACAAUUAUUACUACUGCUGCUAUAAUAACAUAUUGAGUAUUGAAGUGAUAAUAAUGUUAUCUAUUAUAACAUUAAUUAUUUUCAUUUUGAUGUUGAUUCACAGAGGAAAAAUAUAAACACCCUCUAAAUUUAGGUGUAGUUCCUACAUACUAGUACGAUAUUAAACUUUUUGGUGGUUAUACUCUUUAUAGAGUAACACAGGUAUAACAAGCUGAUAUUAGUUGGUCAUUUUAUCAGGCUGUGUGCUAACGUUUCUAGCCUGCAGAGUGCUGCUUUACAGAGAGGCUGAUUGUAGCUUGCCAACUCUAGUUUUUGAACAGGGUUACCUUAAAGGGAUAAUUAUAUUGUUUUAAGCUUAUAAUUCUGCGAAGUUAUUAUCAAUAAUAGUUAUCUGUAUCAGAGAUGUCACAUCACAGAGAGUUUGUAACAAAGUAAUGAAAUCUUCAGAGCGAUGGAGGGCUAACAGCUAGUGGAAUGAACCCCUACCUCGUCAGAUUUUACCAACCUGUAAUAACUCAAACUGAACAUGUACAUAUCUUUGGAAUAAAGCACUCUAUUAGCAAAUAUUAAAUGUCUACUCUUUAGCAAAAAACAUUGUUAUGUUUGUUUCUGUCUUCUAACUUGAACAACAUCUGUGUUGCUAAGCUAAAGUUAUAAUCGUUGAAUCUGUUUACUUUGUCAGUCAACCUUGACCAGCUGCAACUCAGCUCUAAGUCCACCAGUAGUGGACUUUGCUCUUUGAACUUUAGCUUGGUAACACUAAAGUUUAUUAUUGGGUCAUACUACGUUGUGUCCCACGAAUACAAUCAUUUUCGGUUUGAAUUGUUUUAAAUUGUGAAGGACUGCUAAAUGAUGGGUUCCUCUGUCUAGUUCUUAGACUACCACUGCUUUGAGGAUUUCUCCACUUUUUCUUACCUACUGUGUUUUGAAAACUGUCUAAUACAAUUAAGGGCGUUCUUACUUAAACAUUCAUAGACCCUCACUUUGAAACAUUUGAACUAUUCCUUUAAUAAGAGUCUCAGGUGACACUCCUUUAGUUUUACACUAUCUGUGUUUUGCACCAGAAUUGUUUCUAAACUGACAAAUUUAACUUUCUUGUAACCUGAGAAAAGGUUUUGUAGCCUUUCAGCUAGCUGACCGCCAAUGUGCAGCAACAGGUGGGGAAGGGGCAGUGCUGCAUUACUCCAGCUGAAGAACACUCCUAUUACUCUGGCACUUUCUGUAUUAUCUCAUUAACAGGACAUUAAAUUACAGUUUUCAUAUGACCUAGAGGUUUUACCAGUUUUUAACACUGAAACAUUUUGAAACGUUGGUGUACCUUGAUAUUGGGAACCGGCCCAUGCCUACUUUACUGACCAGUAAUGUAUGACCUUCAGAGGGAAGAAACAAUGUAAUUAACCUAUUUCACAGCAGACAUUUUUGACUUAAAUGAGCAGGGAAACACAAGUGCGUUAAGAAAGUCUGCCUUCCAUUUAGACGAAGUUCUGGUUUUGCACACAUUCUGCCUAAACGACUCACACAGAUACAGACGUGGAAUGCUGCCCUGCGUAACACAUACAUGUGUUCACUACAUGUUUAAGUCAAAAUGUCUGCCAUGUAUAAACACCUAACUUUUGUCAUCUAUUUUGGGCUCAUUCACUACCUCAGAGCACCAAAAAUAAAAAUCAACCUUAAAAUAGACCUAACAAUCAUUUAAUAAGUAAUAAAAUCUUUUGAUUUUAUUCAAUAGAUUAAAUUCAGGACGAGUGCAGAGCCAAUCAAACUGUAGUAUGGUAUCUUAUACUCAUAUCUACUGAAGCAAGGCCUAAAUUUUUUUCUCUGUUUUGAACAAUAUUAUAAUUUUGAACACAGCAGUGAUUACAUGAGACUGCAAACUGAUUGAUUUGAAAACAGGCUUAGUCACAUUGAAUACAGCAACCCUAACACACAGGUUAUAGAAAAAGAUUUCUUGCAUAUGGCAAGGAUCAUAAUCAAUCUUUUUGUCUCUCUUUUCUCUGUCAUGAUCCUUUGUUUAUGUUUUAUAGUGUAUCAGGGUUAGGUCCAAGACAAGCUGCUGAUGGGAAGCUCCACAUGGGCCGAAGGCCCAUUUAGUCUGCCUUCUCUCAUUUCUGCCUAUUGUCAAAUUGAAUGUACUUCUCUGAGAUCAUCUAAAUUUUUAUUUUAAAGAAAUAUUUCUGUUCUUCUGUUUUUGUUUUUAAAAUGUGCCACUGUUGAGCUGCCUCAUGUUAAUGGUGCUAAGAAAGCAGAAAAUUCCUUUCUUUAUUGUUUUAGUUUGACUUUUUUUUCCCAGCAUUAUCAAAAAAGAAAAAAAAAAGAAAUGCAAAACAGAUUAGGUACCUAACCCUGUUUAUGAAUGUAUAUUAAGAUGUUAUGUUAUGUUUGAUGUAUUCACUUCAUGAUUCUUUGACACUGAUUGGAAUUACUUUUGCUCUUUUCAUUAAAAGAUUACCGAGCUUUAUAUAUACUGUCUAGAGUUGUUACCAGAAGGAAUCUUAAUGAACUCUUGACCCUACAAAAUCUUGUAUAUUUUUUGUGUGCCAAUUUGUAACAUAUUUUGUAAGUGUAUAUUUUUCUUAGAAAGUGCUGUGAAGUAUUUGUGUGUGUGAGUAACCUUUUAUGCGCCUCUGUGGGCAGUGGAAAGGAUAUACGACGACACGUUUCUGGUUUUAAAAACCAAAAUAUGAAAGUAUCAACAGAAAAACUAGAAAUAUUUACAUUUUGUUGGGAGUUUUGUAAUAAGAUCAUGAUCUUGUUGUGAGAGUGUUGUGUUACUGUGCAAAACACAAAUAAGCAAAGAAAAAAAAACAUGAAAACUUGGGGAAAAAAUAUAAUUUGUGAACAAUUUGCUGUUUUAUAGAUUUUCAUGUAAAUUAUUUGAGUAUUUUUUUUUGUUUUGUUUGUUUUGUUGUAACUGUUGCAAAGGUUUUAAAUAUUUGUGAUCAAGCCUGUAUGGUGAUAAUGUAAUAUUGGUAACUUGCUGAGUUUUGUAAUAAUGUUUAUGGAGUAAAUAUACAAAUUAAAAUAAGAUUUUGAAUGCUG